CGCUCAGUUUCGAGGAAAAUUGCGGCGCGCCAACUUGGGAAAUGCGUUGCGUGGUGCCCUAGUCGCAGUCCCGUUCCGGUCCGAGCAGCAGCACCCACCAUACACCAUACACCAUACAACACUAAGGCCAGCAAAGCCCCCAAGGAUUAGGCUGCAGCAAAGUGUGACCAAAGUGAUCUAUGUGUGUCGUCGCUCCUCCAUCUUCGUUGAUUCUUUGAUUUUACGAUUAUUUCUAUUUCUAUUUAUAUUUCCAUUCUUGUAUGGCUAUUUCGGUGCGCGUUUGUUUUUGUGGCUAAUUAGCACAAAGUGUCGAGCAAUUUUCCGUCUCAAUUGAGCUCAAGUGCUGCCCUUCUGCCAAGAAAAAAGUGAUGAAAACACGAAAAGUUAAUACGUAGCUGAAUAAUUGCCCGAUAUUUAAAUAUUAAUUGUUCAACAUUUAUUUCGUGUGCGCGAAAUACAAGAUACUACUACUAGUUGUCCGUCUCUAUAGAUGGGAUGCCUGCCAUUGCCUGGCUAAAAAUAUAGAUAUGCAUAUGAAAGUCCCCAUCCAUACAAUAUAACAACAAAUUUUAUUUAUUGCCUAAAUAUAUUUGUGUGUUUUUCGUGUGCGAGUGUGUCCGUCGUCUGUUUCCAUAAAGCGACGCUGGGCCAACGAUUUGCCGUAUAAUAUUUUAAAAUUCUUGUGCUAGUAACACUUUUAGCUUCAGCUUCUGCUUACCCCCAACAAAAACUCAACUCGUAAAAAUUUAUAUCAGGCAAAAAAGAUUGCAAAAACAGAAUCAACAGAACAGCAAAACGGCAAAAGUAGCAGUGAAAACACAUAAAGAAUUAAUAAAAGACUAAAAAACAAAACGGAAAAUAAAUAAAUUCAAAUAUUCAACAAUCAUGUCCGCCUCUGCGCGAAGUUCGGUGACGAGAAAAUCGUCGCUGAGCAAAAGUUCCGCCGCGGAAAAGUCUACAAAGUCCUCGACAAGCUCCUCAAAGACCACCACUACAUCGACAGCAGCAGCCCCACCAAAUGGAGGAAGUAAACAGAAAAUGCAGUACUCAAAAACCAGGGAACGAAUGGUGGAUGAUGUCCCGCUGCCGCCCACACACAAGCUCACCAUGUCCGAGGUCUACGACGACGAGAAGUCGAGCAAACCCAAUUUCGAUGUACUGCGCAAGCACUUCCUGCUCGAGGGCCGCGUCGAGGAGUCGGUGGCCCUGCGCAUCAUCGAAGAGGGCGCCAACCUGCUGCGCGAGGAGAAGAACAUGAUCGACGUGGAGGCCCCCAUCACCGUCUGUGGCGACAUUCACGGACAGUUCUUCGAUUUGGUCAAACUAUUCGAGGUUGGCGGACCCCCAGCCACGACCAGAUAUCUGUUCCUGGGCGACUACGUGGACAGGGGAUACUUCAGCAUAGAGUGCGUUCUGUAUCUGUGGUCCCUGAAGAUAACCUACCCCGCCACACUGUCGCUCCUGCGAGGCAACCACGAAUGCCGCCACCUCACGGAAUACUUCACCUUCAAGCAGGAAUGCAUCAUCAAGUAUUCGGAAAGUAUUUACGAGGCCUGCAUGGAAGCGUUCGACUGCCUGCCGCUGGCCGCCCUGCUCAACCAGCAGUUUCUGUGCAUCCACGGCGGUCUGUCGCCAGAGAUUUUCACACUCGACGAUAUCAAGACGCUAAAUCGAUUCAGGGAACCACCGGCCUAUGGACCCAUGUGCGAUCUGCUGUGGUCCGAUCCCCUGGAGGACUUUGGCAACGAGAAGACGACCGAGUUCUUCUCGCACAACUCCGUGAGAGGCUGUUCCUACUUCUUCAGCUAUAUGGCCUGCUGUGAGUUCCUGCAGAAGAACAACCUGCUGUCCAUAGUGAGAGCACACGAGGCCCAGGAUGCGGGCUAUCGAAUGUAUCGGAAGAAUCAGGUAACUGGCUUCCCCUCACUCAUCACCAUCUUCUCCGCCCCCAACUAUUUGGAUGUUUACAACAACAAGGCAGCUGUGCUCAAGUACGAGAACAACGUGAUGAACAUUCGGCAGUUCAACUGCUCCCCCCAUCCCUACUGGCUGCCCAACUUCAUGGAUGUCUUCACAUGGUCACUGCCCUUCGUGGGCGAGAAGGUAACCGAGAUGCUGGUGAAUAUCCUCAACAUCUGUUCGGACGAUGAGCUGGUGGCCGGACCCGAUGACGAGCUGGAGGAAGCUUCCAUGUCGGCGCUGCGCAAAGAGAUAAUUCGGAAUAAAAUUCGGGCCAUUGGCAAGAUGUCGCGCGUCUUCUCGAUUCUCAGAGAGGAAUCCGAGAGCGUGAUUAAGCUGAAGGGUCUGACGCCCACGGGCGCCUUGCCAGUGGGUGCGUUGUCUGGAGGAAAGGAUUCCCUGAAGGAGGCUCUCCAAGGACUGACCGCAGCUUCACACAUCCACUCGUUCGCCGAGGCCAAGGGCCUGGAUGCGGUCAAUGAACGGAUGCCGCCACGUCGGCCGCUGGUGAUGAGUGCCAGCAGCAGCAGCAUCACGACAGUCAGCACUACCAGUACCAGCAACAACAACACUAAUAAUAACAACAAUAACAACAAUACAACGACAAAGAACAGCAACAGCAGCAGCAGCAGUAAUGCCACCACAACCGUGACCAAGACGAGCAGCAGCAGCAGCAGCAGCAGGAGCACCGUGAAGUCGGCCACAACCAGCAACGUUCGGGCCGGGUUUACCUCCAAGAAGUUCUCGUAGUGCAGAUAGAGAGGAGAGGUUCCUGCUCGCCUGAAAAUUAUGAUUUCUGCUUAAAUUUAUCUGUUAUCUAGAUCUACUUUUGUUAGCCACCACUUUUAUACCAGAAUUCUAGUCAUCUGAGGCCCUCAAACGAGACGAAUCUCUCCUACCAUAAUCCUGUAACUGAAAUAUUAGCAAAAAUUUAUACGUGACAUGAAAAAUAGUUCAAUAAAAAUGGCAGCAAAUAGCUCAACAAA